GAGACUAUUAUUGACAAAGGUGUAUAGGAGUAAGCACAGUAUAGUGAACCAAUAUUUUGACAGAAUUUCACUCCGAUCAAAACUCUCCAAAAAAAAAUCCAAAAAUCUUCCUUCCCCACGAAGGAAUUUCAAGAAUCGACAAACCUAGGGAUCAUCAAAGCGUAAAAUUGCUAACUUUUUUGGGGUUUUUCGAUUUUUCUCUGUGGGGGGUUUUAGUGUAUGUGAAAAAUUAUGGAGGAUUAUAGCUAUGGGAGCAGCGAUGAUGAUGAAUGGGACAAUCAACAGUGCAAUAAUGACGAUGAAGACGAUGAUGAUGGUGAAUUUCUUGAUGGGUUUACGGAAAUUGAACAAGAGAGAAACGGAAUCUCUGGAAAGGGUCCUUCAUGCAAGGUAAUCAGGAAAGAGACUCUUUUAGCUGCACAGAAAGAAGACUUGCAAAGAGUGAUGGACUUGCUAUCUCUGAAGGAACAUCAUGCUCGAAGCUUGCUUAUUCAUUACCGAUGGGAAGUUGACAAGGUCUUUGCGGUUCUUGUUGAGAGAGGGACAGAAAUGUUAUAUGCUGAAGCGGGUGUGACACUGGAAGGGAAAGAGGAACAUACUUCCACUCUGUCGACAUCUGAAGUGACGUGUCAAAUUUGCUUCGAAGAUGCCCCUGUUGAGAAGACCACUGUAAUGGACUGCAACCAUAUAUUUUGCAAUGAAUGUUGGACAACUCAUUUCAUUGUAAAAAUAAAUGAGGGUCAGAGUAAACAAGUAACUUGCAUGGCCCAAAAGUGCAAUGUGAUCUGUGAUGAAGGAAAGAUUAGGGAUCUCGUCACUGCAAGAGAUCCUGCUUUAGCAGAGAAAUUUGAUCGUUUUCUGUUAGAGUCAUAUAUUGAUGAUAACAAGAGGGUUAAAUGGUGCCCUAGUGUUCCUCAUUGUGGAAAUGCAAUUCGUAUUGAGGAUGAUGAUUACUGCUGUGAAGUUGAAUGUGCAUGUGGUGUACAGUUCUGUUUUAAUUGUUUAUCAGAAGCGCACUCACCUUGUUCAUGUCUGAUGUGGAAACUUUGGAUGAAGAAGUGCAAGAACGAUGGGAAGACAGUAACGUGGAUAAGUGAAAAUGCCAAACAUUGCCCAAACUGUCACAAUGCCGUGGAGAAGAAUGGGGGAUGCAACCUUGUAAGAUGUAGAUGUGGACAGCCGUUUUGUUGGUUGUGCGGUGGAGCUACUGGCUUAGACCACACAUGGAGUAGCAUUCGAGGUCACACUUGUGGCAUUUAUAAGGAAGGGGAAGAGGAUAAGUCGACGACUGUCAGAAAUGAUCUCUUGCGCUAUACUCAUUAUUAUGAGCGCUAUAUGGUUCAUCGUGAUUCGUUGGAGGCUGAAGCAAACAUGAAGCAAAAACUAAAGUUUGAAGUGUUGAAACUCGAAGCAAGGGAAUUGCUAUCAAAGGACUUCAGCUGGGUAGAAAAUGGAUGUAAUAGACUCCUUGAAUUGAGGCGAAUUCUCUCCUGUUCCUAUCCAGUUUCAUUUUACGUUUUUGAUCAGACGCUGUUCAAGGAUGAAAUGACACAAAAAGAUAGGGAAAUAAAGAAGAACCUUUUUGAAAACCUGCAGCAGCAACUUGAAAUAAACGUUGAGAGACUUUCGAUGUUCUUGGAAGAACCAUUUGCUAAAUAUCCUGAAGAUAAACUUUUGGAGACUAGAACGAAGAUCAUCACUCUCUCCGUACUAACAGACAACCUCUGCAAAGAGUUGUACGAUUGCAUUGACAACGAUUUACUGCUUCCUCUACAGCAGGCGAAUCAUACCAUAGCUCAUUAUAGAUCCGAGGGAGUGGCGAAAGCAUCAGAACUUCCUAAUUGACAUUCCACCAACACUAGGCAUGUGAGCACUCUCAAUCAGAGGCAAGAAAAGAUGCACAUUCCUUUUCUCAUGAGCUGAUCUACAAUUUUAUGCUAGAGGGUUUGAUUACUACAGCAUCUAAUAUUCUUUUGCUACACUUGAUAUGAAUUUAGUCUAGAUUCUUAACUACAUAUAGUUUGAGUUGAAGACAAUGUAUGAACAUUGGUUUUCGUUUGGCCAUAUCAUAUCAUAUAUUAUUAUAAGUGGGAAGAUUCAAACUGCAAAGUUGAAUUA